GGCCUCCUCACAUCCCCCCAUCCGGUAGUUCAAUAUGGCCAGGCAGUCUCUCUGGCUCCGCUGUGAAAAGAAGGAAUUCGAGCGACGUACAGCUAUCACACCCAAGGUAGCCAAAAAGCUGAUCGAUGCGGGGUUCGAGAUCUUCGUGGAGCGCGACGACCAGAGGAUAUUCAAGGAUGAGGAGUACGAAGCGGUCGGGUGCAAGCUGGUCGAGAACAACUCGUGGCCGAAUGCUCCGAAGGACAUCCCGAUCAUUGGCCUGAAGGAGCUCCCCGAGUCUAACGCCCCCAUUCCGCAUACCCACAUACAGUUCGCGCACUGCUACAAGCAGCAGAGCGGGUGGUCUAAGGUCCUGUCGCGCUUCUACCGCGGGAACGGGACAUUGUAUGAUCUCGAGUUCCUCACCGACGAACAAGGCCGCCGGGUGGCCGCCUUUGGGUACCAUGCUGGUUUUGCGGGUGCCGCAGCAGGUGCGCUCGCGUUCGCUGCAGAAAAGGCUGGAAAGCCACUGGGCCAGCUAGAGCCCUACGAAAAUGAGCAGGCGAUGGUCGACGAUGUCAGGAGGGUCCUCGGAGGCAGCGCCAAGGGCUUGAAGGUUAUCGUCAUUGGCGCGCUUGGUCGCUGUGGACGGGGAGCAGUCGACUUGUUCCGCAAGAUUGGAGUUGAGGAGGACGACAUCCUGAAGUGGGAUAUGGCUGAGACAGCCAAGGGUGGUCCGUUCCAGGAGAUCCUCGACGCCGAUAUCUUCGUCAACUGCAUCUACCUCAGUUCGCCCAUCGCGCCAUUCCUGACGGAGCAACAAAUCGCGGCCGCCGGCAAAGACAGGCGGUUGCGGGUAGUCGUUGACGUCAGUUGCGACACAACAAACCCGCACAAUCCCAUCCCCAUAUACUCGAUAAACACGACCUUCGCCAAGCCUACUGUUCCAGUAGAAGUCGGCGCGGGUAACCCACCACUAGCGAUGGUGUCCAUCGACCAUCUUCCAACUUUGCUUCCCAGGGAGGCGUCAGAACAGUUCAGCGAAAAUCUGUAUCCAUCGUUGUUGGAACUGCCCAACCGUCAAACGGCUCGGGUCUGGGUCGAGGCAGAGAAGCUAUUCAGGACCAAGCUGGCCGAGGCCGUGAAGGCGGAGGGUCUGCAAUGAGUAAUCGCGGGAAGCGCAGCCUUGUAAUACCAUAGAGACAACGAGUACAAUGUGUCGGAAUUCCGAUAGACCAAAGAUGGAAAGGAUUGUACUGCCAGGAACGUCGUCGGUCGACACCGUAACCAUUAGCGUGACCUUCCAAGUGUCGGC